CGUUUGACCAAAAGAACUACAAUGCCCAGCAAGGAAAGCGCUACUUAUGAUUGACAGCCAGUCUGUCCAAUCACAGACCCAGAAAGGUUGACACUACCGCAUUGGGCAGGGCUCUGUAUCAUACGAAUGGAGGCGAUCAACGGACAAACGUUUCAUUUCACUCAAUGAAAUGCGAUUUCCCACGGACACUUUUCACAUUUUCCGCAUGUCCACACCACCGAUGGUGACACGGGACAAACAAAAAAAAGGGGGUGCACGCCCGUGUGAAUGAAGGGCGAUGACUACACGAGGGAUCGUCCAACGAGAGUAAAUGAGAAGCAAAGGGAAAGAAGGGCCCGCCGUCGCAGCCGUAGAGCUUCGGGGAAAAGUGGGUAGCGCCGCCUGACGGACCGCCAGACGAACCGGGCAGCCACCGUCAGGAAACCGCGGUGCCGAGGGGGGAAAAAAGUCUGCAAAAUCGGAGGGAGCGCCGCCAACCGCUCUCCAUAUGCUAUCACACACUGUAAACAAAAAGGUGACCGGAAACAGCGCCCCAUCUCCUGACGUACAGAAUCCUUUCAUGAUACACUUGCAGCCCGCACAACCCAUAUUUGAAUACACACUCAGACACAGGGACUACCAGCAUGGCCGAGCAGCAGCAGCAGCAGGAGGAGGCUGACGGUGUAUAUGUGGAGCACCAGUACAUGUGCAGCGAGUGUCACCAGCUCUUCAACACCCUGGAGGAUGUGCUCAUCCACCAGCAGAUCCACACCGCCCAGGAGGGGGACGGCGAGGUCAUGGCCGUCCAAGGUGUGGCCGAGUGGGGGGAAACCCAGCAGUACCAGUGUCUGGAGUGCGGGGCCCUCCUCAUGAACCCGGAGGAGCUGCUGCAGCACCAGGAGAUGCACAUGAGAGAGGCGGGGAUGGAGGUGGAGCACCAAGAGCUGUGUGAAGUUUUGGAGACGGAGGACGGGUCGGAGGGUCAGAUCUCUGGACCCGUCCAGUACCAGUGCCUUGACUGCCUGGCUCUGUUUGACGCACCUGAUACCUGGCUGGAGCACCGGCGGACCCACAGCAGGAGCAGCACCCACAGUACCACGGAGACCAUGGAGUAUGUGCUACAGCCCGAUGGCACCAUCACUCCACUGAACAAUAUGCAGAACUACGUCCUGAGUGAGCAGCAGGCCGGGGAGAUCUUGGCACAGGUACUCUCUCAGCAGCAGCAGCAACAGCAACAAGAGAGGAAACUUCAGUCCAAACCGUCCGCGUCCUCCCGCUCCUCCCUGCUGCCCCCAGUGACGGCCCUCCCUGGCUCUGCCACCAUGCACUUGCAGAUUCUCACAGCUCAAGCUCUCGCAGAUAACUCCACGGGCCCCGGCCAACGCCGCUCCAAGCUGCCCCCCCUGCUGCCUGCGGUGGGCCGAGGCUCUGCGGGAAAGCUGGGCUUCCUGGAGAACGGGGACCAGAGGCUGGAGUUCAGGUUGGCCCCCAGUGUCCAGGAUGGCACCCAGCAGCAGCCGCAGCAGCCGCAGCAGCAGCAGCCGACCGAGGUGGUGGUCAUCCACCCGUAUGAGUGCUCAGAAUGCUCCCUUCUCUUCCAGACCCCGGAGGACUUCCUCCAGCACCAGGGAGAGCACUUCCUCGGUCAGGACAAAGAGAGCGGAGAGCCAGGUGUCAUGAGUGGCUUUGAGGAGGCGCGAGGGAGGGAGGAGACUACAGAGAGGGCGGAGGACGUUAGGGUCAGGGCGGCGGAGAAGAAAGCCACCGUCUGGGCCAAGUCCCAACAGUGUGAGCUCUGCCACCGCACCUUUACCUCCGCCAACAGGCUGGCCGCUCACAGGCGCGUGCACGAGCAGGGCACGCACGAAUGCCUGGAGUGCGGCAAGGUCUUCAAGAAGGCGACGUCGCUGCAGACGCACAUGCGCACGCACUCGGGCGUGGCCAGGUACCUGUGCGUGGACUGCGGCAAUGGCUUCACCACGGAGAUGACUCUGAUCAUGCACCGGAAGUCCCACGUUGUGGAGCCCCUCCACAAGUGUCAGUUCUGCAACAAAACCUUCACCAACAUGACCAAGUACCUCUACCACCGCAGGACCCACUUGAACCGUGAACCGACUGGCACCCCCGCCCCCGUCUUUAUGGCAUCUGCUCCAAUGAGAGCGUCUCUGUCCGCACUCGCCAUCCUACAGAGGGCGAGGGAGAAGAAUUCUCUCGCCAACGAAGUAAAGCGGGGCAACCUGCUGGCGCCGCUCUCGGAAGACGAGAUGGCACAAAUGGGGGAAGAUCAGAGGCGGAUGUCUCCGAGCAAAGUGGGGGGAGGCGAAGUGGAAACGCAAGGGGAGGACCACGGCACGGAGGCGACUGCCCCUCUCGAAGGCCCGACGGGUGAUCCCCAGCGGGUGGAGGACGCCACGGAGUCUGACGUAGCUGCGAAGCACUCUCCCCCGGGCGACGCCAGCGUCACUGCGCCGCCCGCGCCGCCCGACAAGGGGGCCUUUUCCUGUCUCUUGUGCUCGAAGACCUUUCCCUCCCAGCUGCAGCUCUUCCACCAUCGCCGCAAGUCCCACGCCACCGAGCGCAGCUUUAUUUGUGGCAUCUGCGGGAAGUCCUUCAAGAAGAAGAUCCACGUGCGCAACCACAUCCGCAUUCACACCGGCGAGCGGCCGUUCCAGUGCACCGACUGCGGCAAAACCUUCUCGUCUCUCGCCAACCUGAUGAGGCACAACCUCAUCCACUCGGGCGUGCGGCUGUACCGCUGCGAGGUCUGCCACCGCUCCUUCUCCCAGGCCUCCAACCUGCGGCAGCACAGCCUGCUGCACGCCAACGCCGCCAUGCUGUGCUGCCCGGACUGCCCCGCCAGCUUCCGCUGGCCCACCAAGCUGGCGGCCCAUCGCUACACUCAGCACCCGGGGGCCCCGGCCCCGUUCCCGUGUCCCCAAUGUGGAGCCGGCUUCCUGACCAGGAGGCAACGCGACGGCCACCUCCUGGAGCAGCACGCCGCCGAGGCGGGCGAAGGGCCCUCGGCAGAGUCCGAGUCAGGAGACUCGGCCGGCGUCGCGCGCGGAGGUCAAGGUUGUAACAUUUGCGGGAAGAAGCUCAAUUCUCCCGCCAACCUGCGGCUCCACAAACUGAGCCACUUGGCCCUGGGCGCCGGGCGGCUCCGCCGCGGAGCCGGGAAACGGCCCAAAGCCCACCAGUGUCUCAUCUGCGGCAAAAUGUUUGUGUCGUCUUCCGGGGUCGCCCUCCACCAGCGCGUCCACACCGGCGAGCGGCCGUUCCCCUGCCAGGUGUGCGGCAAGCGCUUCCGCCAGAACACGCACCUGCGAGAGCACCUGCGCACGCACUCAGGCGAGCGGCCGUUCCGCUGCGAAGUGUGCGGAAAGGGUUUCAUCCAGAGCAUGCACCUGGCGGAGCACCGGCGGACGCACACGGGCGAGCGGCCGCACGCCUGCCCGCAGUGCGGCAAGGCCUUCAAGACGUUCUCCAACCUGAGGAACCACAAGAAGACCCACGCCAGGCAGCAGAGGCUGGACGAGGAGGCGGCCGCCCAGGUUGCCAUGGAGACCAGCGCCGCCGCGGUAGACGCCUCGGCGGUGGAGCUGGCCAACGGGCAACAUCAGCUCAUCCAGAUCCAAGCCGCGGGGCUUCAGCAGACACGCGGCACUCCCACCAUCAUGUGUAAUGAGUUCGGGGAGACCAUCGCCAUUAUAGAGACGAGCGAGGGGGAGGUGCUGCCCCUGGAGCAGGCCUUGGAGAUCUACCACACGGCUCUGGAGAACGGCCUCGCCAUGGAAACGGGCGCCAUGGAUGGACUGCAGCUCCUCUGAGCCGACAAGAGAAACUGCAACUUCGUUCUAAAAAGUUGAUGAGUUCAGUUUUAGUCUCAAUACUGACUCUUAACAAAGACCUAUUGACUACUGCGAGGUAUCCAGUCCCUGCUUACUGGAGCCCGAUAUUUAUGUAGUGGAUGAAAUUCAGCAGUCAGACCAAAGUAAUUCAUCCAUCAUCUUUUCCGAAGCUAUGAGAGGGGUCAGUAUUUUAUUUAAGUAAUAUACUAAAAUAAAGGACAUGAUACUCAUGAAUGAAUAGUGGUUGUGCCUCAGAUGAUAUUUGUAUGAUUCAUUUAUAUGAAAUGUCUAUGACCUUUCUUCUGUUUAAUGGAUUGGUCGUGCUGUUGUAAAUAAUUAAAAUCAAUAAAUGUUUUUUCAAGGUGA